AUGGGUGCCCGGCCACGCCUGGGCCUUGGGAAAGCGCCGUGGCGCUGCCCGCGGCUCGAGCUCUGCGCCCUGGGCGCCACGGGGCUGCUGGGGCUCUGCUACCUGCUGGCGGGGGACGAGUGGCCGGGGCCACCCUUGACCACCAGCCCCAGCGCCAGCGCCGUACCGGAGCUGCCGGCGCCCUCGGCCGAGCCCCCUGCGCCCUGCGCCCCUAACGCCUCCAUGCACAACGUGUCCGACUUCAGCACGCUGCCCGCGCACGUGCAGGACUUCCUGCUCUACCGGCACUGCCGGCACUUCCCCCAGCUGCUCGACGUGCCGGGCAAGUGCGGCGGCCCGGCGCGCUCGGCCGGCGUCUUCCUGCUGCUCGCCAUCAAGUCCUCGCCGGGGAACUACGUGCGGCGCGAGGCCAUCCGCAAGACGUGGGGCCGGGAGCGCAGCGUGGCGGGCGCCCGCGUGCGCCGCGUCUUCCUCUGCGGCGUGGCCGCCGGCGCCAAGGUGGCCAAGCUCAACCAGCUGCUGCAGCUCGAGCACCGCGAGCACGGGGACAUCCUGCAGUGGGACUUCCAGGACACCUUCUUCAACCUGACGCUCAAGCAGCUGCUCUUCCACGACUGGCUGGCGGCCAGCUGCCCCGGUGCCCGCUUCGUCCUCAACGGCGACGACGACGUCUUCGUCAACACGGACAACGUGGUCCACUUCACCCAGGGCAUCACCGCCCGCCACCUCUUUGUGGGCCAGCUCAUUACCAACGUGGGCCCCAUCCGGUCCUCGCCCAGCAAGUACUACGUGCCGCCGCAGGUGACGGCCUCGGAGCGCUACCCGCCCUACUGCGGCGGCGGCGGCAUCCUCAUGUCCGGCUUCACUGCCCGCACCAUCCACCGCGAGUCGCGCCACCUCGAGCUCUUCCCCAUCGACGACGUCUACCUGGGCAUGUGCUUGGAGCGGGCCGGGCUGGCGCCGGCGUCGCACAACGCCAUCCGCACCGUGGGCGUCCAGGUGCCCGCCAAGGCCGAGCCCUUCGACCCCUGCUACUACCGCGAGCUGCUGCUCGUGCACCGCUUCGCGCCCUACGAGAUGGCCCUGAUGUGGCAGGCGCUGCGGCAGCCCGGCCUGCGCUGCGGCCGCACCGUGGGCAUCUACCCGCACGCCUGA